AUGGAGGAGGAUCAAUCAUCUGUCAAGACCAAGUCGACCACCACCAGUGGCAAUGAGGCUGCUGAAGAAAAAGCUGAGAAUGCCAACGAUGAAGACCUAACGACGGAGGCCAACAAUAAUAAUGGGAAGAAUGGUAAUAACCACAUGAAUCGCAAACGCAAGCGAGAAAGUGUCGAUCAUUAUGCCAAAGCCUACGAGAAGACACAGUACGAGCCCAUUGCUCCACAACCUCAAGAAAUACAAAUUCCAGGAAUUCCGUAUCGGGUGCCGGCCAAGCACCAUCCUGGCACUCCCCUACGACAAUUUGCUCAUUCCUUUCGAGCCAGACUACUACGAGCAGAAGACAAAGACUGCAAGAUUGACUCGAAUGGUAACAAUUGUCAAGUCAUUCAUCAACAUGGCAAUGGACUAUGCAUUGUCACUGCUGGGUCUUGUUUCCGAUCUACACAUAUAGUAGGCAAUGGCAACAAUGACAAUCCCAUACAGUCCAUCGAAUUUCUCGUAUCCCCCGCCGAUCCUUGCAGUGCGGGAGAACGACGAAAACGACAAGCCAAAAUGCUCAAAAAGGGAACCCUCAACAACAACAAUAACAACAACACUACGGCUUCUGGAAUCGUAACACCCUCCACCAUUAUUGCACAAGUCACACUGAAAAAUGGUUCAAUUAUUCCCAUGUAUGCUCUCGUCUGGGGAGCCAUUAUGGAACUCAACACACAUCUGACACAAGAAAAACUAUCCUUGUUGCAAACAGAUCCACUAUUGGACGGAUACCUGGCUGUCAUUCUGCCAACGGGGCCAUUUCCUCCCAACAAUAAAACACAAAAUACAGCAACAACAACAACCAAUAAUAAUAUUGAGAACGAGGAUGAACCUGAUGAUUGCAAUAAGAGGGCACGAAAGGAUCCUACCGGUACUGCAACAAAAGAUGGCUAA